AUAUCAGGCAGGAAAUGGAAUACUUCUAAAUAUUCAAGCAGUCUUUUUUCUGUUUUUUUUCCCUUCCCCAUGGUUUUUCCCUUGUGUUCUGAUUUUUCUUUCCCAACAUAAUUCAAAAAGCAAAGUGUAUUUAAAUUAAUUAACUAAUUAAAUAUGCAAGCAGGAGCAGCAAAGUAACUGAAACACUAGGAAAUCGCUGCCUCGCCAGUGCCGAACACCGCUGGGCAGUGCGCAUGUGUAAACUGCGGAAACUAGGACUACAAUUCCCAGAAUGCUGUGCGAGACAUUCUCCCGUUGUCUUUGUGCUAAUCGAGUCCGCUACAUUUUUCACAUCCACAGGGAUCCAAAGGCUGGUCUUGUGUUUGCAUCGGGACAGGACGUAGACACAUAGGAUUGCAGAAAGGGAAUUGAAAAAAACAAAUUGUCAUGACUUCCUUAAUGAAAAAAAUAAUCAGCACAGAAAAAGCACCACAAGCCAUCGGUCCCUACAGUCAAAGUUUACUGAUCAACCGGACGCUGUAUGUUUCUGGACAGGUUGGUAGAGAUCCCACAAGUGGAAAGCUUGUAUCAGGAGGGCCGGCAGAAGAAUUUAAGCAGGCUCUUAUAAAUGUGGGAGAAAUUCUCAAGGCUGGAGGCUGUGACUUCAGUAAUGUUUUCAAAGGUAGUUUUCCAGCCAGAUCUGCUUACCAAGUUGCUGCUUUGCCUCUUGGAGCUCGUAUGGAAAUUGAAGUGAUAGCUGUACAGGGGCCACUCACUUGUGUCUGAUAAUAAAAAGAGUGCUGACAGUGGCAUUUGGGCUGGAGUUACCAUGAUCCUUCAUCUUCUUCAAAUUCUAGCAGUUUUUAUUGAAAAUUCUCAGUUCAACAAAUGUCCCAAGUCAGGGGUAAAAACAGAAUUAAAGUUAUUAUAACGUUAAAUUGAAAAACAAAGAAGCAAACAGAAUAAGAAGUCAUUAAAUGUGUUUAAGGUAUUGUAAAGAUUACAGACUGGGAGGAGAUGGGGAUAUCUUGGAACAGUGUUUAAUAGCUUCACUCACAUACCCUGACACCUAUCCUGAAGGAUAAAGAAUUGUCAUAGUACCUCUAAUACAAAGCUUCUUAUAUUUGGUGACACAGUCCCCUUUAGUACCUCAAAACAGAAUAAGACUAUCAACCCUUCUUUGAGGACUGAUCGUUGCUUAUAUUAAUAAUUGAAGGAAAUGCUAAAUAAGAGGUAGAAGUUAAUGAAAAUAAAGAUAUAAUUUGUGUCCCUGCUUAUUUGCAUAGACUUCCUCAGGAAGCCCCAGGAUUCCAUGUACCACAGGUUAAGAACCCCUACAUUAGGAGAACUAUGGCAUAGUGUAAAGGGCCCAGAUUUGGGAUUUAGAAGAACUGUGUUUGAAUACCAAUUCUCCUAUUCACUGUCAGGGUAACCUUGGAGAGAUCACUGAACUGAAAUUUCCUCAUCUUAAAACUGACUCUCAGUGUAAAAGAGAUUUAGAUUAUAUGGCCUCAGAGAUCUCUUUAAAUUUUAAAUCAUUGAGCUAUAAAAUGGAGAUAUUAAUUCCUGUCAUUCUUCCAUCAUAGUGCAUGUAAUCUGGGGAAUCAAGUUAUAUGAUAUUUAAAUUGCCUUGUAAACUGUGAUGUUCACAGAAUCAUCUGUUAUUAUUGGAAGACAAGAAGUCAAGGUUUUCUUCUGGACAAAAAUAGAGAUUGGCGGCCAAAAUGGAACUCCUGUAGAGGUAUAGAAAAAGUAGGAGUCAGGGGCAGGUAGGUGGUGCAGUGACUAAAGUACCAGCCCUGAAAUCGGGAGGACCUGAGUUCAAAUCUGGCCUCAGACGCUUAGCUGUGUGACCCUGGGCAAGUCACUUAACUCCAAAUGCCUCAGCAAAAAAGAGAGAGAGAGAGAGAUACAUACUGGCCAAAUGCCCACUUAACCAAUGCCCCAGUAUUCUGGGAAAUUUUGUGUUCUUCAACCUUGUUAAUCAGAAUAUUCAUCUAAUGAUAUUUAAAUUAUGAAAUCUGGGUAUUCAAUUAAGGGAUCAAAAUGCAGAUUUCAACAUUUGAUAUGUUAUUUAUCUCAUAUCACAUAUUAUCUACCUCUGACUUAAUACCAUGCUAAAUAAAAAACAAAGGAAAGUAUAAA